AUGGAAACGGCGAAUAACAUUCUGGCUCAUCCAAGCCUAUCGUUUUACCCAACCUUACCAACUAGUGCAUCAUCACCAGGAGCUCAAGAUACUGUCACAAGAUCAGGUUUAUCCACAGCAGCACAGAGCAGUUGGGGAAGUUAUACCAACGAAGCAUCACUUAUGGCCCACAAUUCUUGUGCCAUGUCUUCCUAUUCAAAUCUCCCUCUAGGGGCAUCGUUCCCAGUGAAUGGCAAAUCCGCAUACAAUUCAGCCUUUCCCGGGGCUGGUGAUUAUUUCAAUAACUGUCGCCAAAUGCAGAUCUCACAAUUAGGGACCUUAAAUAGUAUGCCAAUGAGAAACUAUCCGGGUUUAUAUGGCGAUAUGUAUAAUCCAAGCCAUGCAGCAUCUUACACAAAUGGUGGUUUUUAUCCUGAUGUGGGACCUGGUUUGGCACCUUUACCCGGUAGAGAUAUGAAUUGUUCCAGUAGUCAAUCAGACAGUUCUGUGCCAGUUAAUAAUGAUUAG